AUGGAUGGUUUUAGCCCUCCGCCAUUGAGAGCACCAACAGCCUGUGUUGCUUGCAAUAAGAAGAAGGUGCGAUGUAUCUUCGGCGAAACGUCCGAUGUAUGCUUGAACUGCCAACGACAUCAAUGGCCUUGCUUUCGACGAGAGCGCAAGAGAAAGAGAACGCAGACCGAUGAUACUCAAGAAGCACCUAGAAGAAGACGAGCAACCUGGGGCGAGUUGGAAACGAGCAACACCAGUCCUUGUCCUGUUGAAUCAUGUCUUUUGAACUCUGAAAGGGCCUAUGACCAAAAUCAGCACCGCGAGGGAAGCCAAAGCAGCAUAGCUGGGACCAGAGAUGCUCUUCCAACCCCAGAGUGGUCCAGAGCAUCUGGGCCACCACGGACAGACUCAAAUCCAUACUCAUCUGCCCCAAUUCCAAGCUUCAUGGCCCGCUCUCGUUACUUCGACGAUACAGUAGCCAUAAACGAGGAUCAGGCCAGAUCGUAUCCAACAGGAGAGGCGGACGGUCCCACAGAAGAUGAUAUCCAUAUACUACAAUUGCAGGGUGCCUUCGAGCUACCACCACGACAUGUGCGCCAAGGUCUCAUAAACACAUUCAUGGAACGGUGCUCGCCCUGGAUGCCAAUCAUUGAACGCAGUUGGCUGGAAGAAAGCGGUUCUCAGCAGCCGUCCAUGCUACUUCUUCAGUCGAUCUUCGUUGCUGCAAGUCGUGUCACUUCAGCCCCAGCUGUGACUGCGUAUGCAUCUUCACAUCAGUUUUACCGCCGUGCCAAAGCGUUGUUCUGGUCCGGUUAUGAGAGGAAUCCUGUGACGGUUGUUGCUGCGGUAUGCAUUUUGCAUUGGUACAACCCCGAAGGGCCGGAGCAUGUUUCUACCAAUACUAGCGGCUUUUGGCGAUAUGUCGGGGUUGGCUUAGCACAUCAGAUUGGGCUGCAUAAGGAAUCGACUAAUAGGCGAGAUGCUCCUUUGAGGCGCAGACUCUGGUGGACAUUGUUUGCUAGAGACUGCUUCAUUUCUGCUGGACAGGGCCGACCACUUGCAGUCGACAUGGAGGAUUGCGAACUAGCACCGCCUUGCCUUGAUGAUUUCCAAGAUUCAAGCUCGGAUGCCACGCUGUUCAUCGCCUAUGUGGAGAUCAGUUCUAUCUUGGGCCAUUUGACCCAACACUGUCGACGCAAGGCCCUCACUCGUCAGGUACGACAACAUAUCGAGAACCAGCUGUAUCGGUGGACACGAGAUCUCCCUCCGUCGCUGCGUUUAUUUCGCAGUGACAGCACUCCAGGACGUCCAUCCCUAUCUCAACACCUAAACCAGUACAGUUUUGAAGCGCGACAGCUUCACAUUCCAUACUUCGUCUGUCUUGCCAUCAUGUGUCGUCCAAGCUCUGGAAAGUCGCCUUCACCUGCAGUGAUUCUGGCAUCAUCUUUCGUAGCAGGGAUAUUUGACGACUUCCUUGCUCGAGAUGAGGUCCAAUUCUUGGGUCCCAUCUUCACUUUUCAUUUACUAGCUUCUGGAAUCGGGUUGCUUUCAUGCAAAAACACUCCAUCCCUUUGGGAACAAGCGGCUUCUAGCCUGGAAACAAUUUAUCUGGCCCUUGACGAACUUGCGAAGCGCUGGUCGUCUGCAAAGGGUAGUCUCAGAGCUUUGAGAAGCAUUGCUGAAAAGCAGCAGAGUGUAGGAAUCCCAGAACAAGUGCCGGCGAUGACGCUCUCGAGAGAACACCGGCCCUUUUUUGAAGGAUUUCGUGGGGAACUUUCUUGGGCGUGGCCCUUUUUUAUGGAAGUACGAAAUGAAAGCAACCAAGCCAAUGAAACAGUGGCAUUCGGUGGAUCUGGCGCACUAAGUCAUUUGGCCGAGUGCCGGACACCGGGCGAUAUUUCAGAGUAUCGGCCGCUUACCACAGUCUUGGAUCCCAAUGCCGGCUUUACUAUGAGUGGUAUGCCACCCAUGACGGGUGAUUUCUUUCAUCAAUAUCAGGGUAUGGGAGAUUGGCUAUUCAAGGAUCUCGACUGGGACGAGAUCACUUGGUAG